UCGAACUGAAGACUUGAAGUGAAGAGGAAGUACUUUUUUUUUUUUUAAAUUGGAAAUAUAGAAAAUGAUGCUUUAACUUUCUAGUGCCGAGCAGCGGGAGAAGGUGAGCAGACUCGUGUGGUCACUGUCAUGUCCGGUGAAAAAGAGGGUUUUCUGUUUACAAACAGCGUCGCAUACACGGACGGAUAACGUUACUUAUAAUCCAUGUACAGUUGGAAGAUACGGUCAGAAUGAAAGCUACCCGGGCGGUGCUUCAACGUACUUUAUGACAUUUAAACGCUGAUUAUAUUGUCAACUACCAAACGCACAGAGAACAUAUUCGUGAAUGAAUCAACUUGAACGGUGUUGACAGUGUGCGGAGUCGUUUCGUCGCUGUGUGGUUUCAAUGGCUAGCUAGUGAUGCACUUGACUUCAUGGUGCUUUUUAUGCCGGUAAUUUGACGUGAAAAAGGGGCAACGAGUCUCGUUAAAUUAAUUUGGGGUUGUAAGUAAAAUACACCGGAAGUAUAACAGCUUCGGACUUAGUUCGGCUCGUUAUUUUUAGUGUAGACACCGCCGUCGAGUUCAUAACGUUCACUGUUUUACUGUAUGACAUCACGGAAGCUACCAGUGGUCAAGAGAGGCUCAACUGUAACAGCACUUCCGGUGGGUAACAAAAUAAAAGUCCUGUUAAUGAACGUAGAAAAAGUUUGGAGGAUAGAAAAAGUUUGGAGGAUAGAAAAAGUUUAUGCUCCGUUUGGAGUUAUUUUCCUUAACGCGCUACUAACAGCAGUGUGAGAUGAAUCAUUUUAAUUGUGUCUUUUUAUUUGCCUUCCGCCAAACAAAAUCGUUAAAUGUCCCGUCUUGUGCUGUUUUUCUAGUUUGCUUGACAGAUCCCCGGAAGCCAUACGGCAGCUCGAUGUGCCGCGGGCUUCACAAUGUUAUUCUAUUCAAAUUAUUUUCCAACUGCACACCAGCCAAUGCCCGCCCAACCCCAUGUGAGGGAGCCGGAGGAGGAGAUGGAGGCAGAAGGAGAGUCGCAACUCCCCGAGGCCAACGGAGAGGUGGAGCAACCGCGAGAAGAUGACAGAGGAGGAGGAAGAGGAGAGGACACCAUGGAGGACAGCGCAGAGGAGCGGGACAGCGACUUGGACGAUAGUGAAGAUGAGGAAGAGGAGGAGGAGAGUUCAGAGAUGGAUGAUGAAGACUGUGAGCGGAGGAGAGGAGAAUGUCUGGAUGAGAUGCUGGAUCUGGAAAAACAAUUUCAAGAGCUGAAAGACAAGUUGUUUCGGGAGCGGCAGAACCAGGUGAAAGUGAAGCUGGACGAGGUGCUGACAGGGAAGGCUGGAGAAUACAGAGAGCCACUGGUCGCACUCCAGGAAAGCAUGCAGAUACAAACACAAGUGGCUGGAGUGUACAGAGAGCUGUGUCUCCAGGUGAUCCAACACAAGUACGAGUGUGAACAACAAGGAGCAAGGCAGCACCUGGAGAGUGAGCGGACGCUGCUGUUUGAUGCCAUGAAGUCCGAACUGCUGGAGAAGAUAAGAAGACUGGACGAGGACAGACAGAAUAUAGACAUCACCUCGGAGUGGAGCGAUGAGAUGAGGGGCAAGAAGUGUAAAAGGAAAAAUCUGCUGAGUGGGUCGGAGAGGAAAAAGAAAGUUGCUCUGGUUUCAGGGCCGUUCAUCGUCUACAUGUUGAGAGACAUCGACAUCCUUGAAGACUGGACCGCCAUCAAGAAGGGCAAAGCAGCACUGUCACCAUUAAAGAAGAAAGUUGAAAAACGGUGAUAACAGGAGGAUCUAACUGAAGACCAGCAGCAAAAACCAAACUUCACACACACACUCACAACAUUCCCAGCUACUUCCACGAACAGUGUUGUCUCCUCAAGACCCAGAAGAUGGUUGUGUUGUUAUUUUCCACGCUUUUGACCCUCUGCGACCAACCACCCACCCGACUGCUUGUUUGUUAUCUAUUGCUAUUUAAAAUAAGUUCUUAAUGAUGUGACAACCAUGUAUUUAUAGAAUGAUUUAUAACUGUAAUUAAAAUUGUAAUCUUUUGUGACACAAGGUUUCGCGUGUUCUUGCAAUCGAUUCCUGCUCCAGGUUUGGAGGCUGUAAAAACGGGACCACAGCCAGGAUUUUACAAUUAGUGACGUCAUCACCCACCUAAAGAGAUGUUUUGAACUUUUUAAAUUUAUUUAAAAAUCACACUAUAUAUAUU